AUGGCUCGCAUUGACAGGAAACAAAAAGGCGCUUUUUUUAUUGACGGCCCUGGUGGAACCGGAAAAUCUUUUCUUUACAGGGCUUUAUUAGCAACCAUCCGUUCUAGAGGUGGUAUAGCUCUUGCAACGGCGACAUCUGGGAUAGCUGCAUCCAUAUUGUCGGGUGGCCGGACAGCUCAUUCUAGAUUUAAGAUACCCAUUGAUUUGUCCACUUCAUGUACAUGUAGAAUAAGCAAGCAGAGCAGCUUGGGUUGUUUGAUUAGAGAGAGCAAGCUGAUAGUUUGGGACGAGGCGCCAAUGGCAAAAAGAGAUGCCAUUGAGGCACUUGAUAAAGCUUUGCAGGAUCUGUGUGGUUGUGCGGAUAUUUUUGGUGGGAAAGUUAUAGUUUUUGGUGGUGAUUUUAGGCAAGUGUUGCCUGUUGUUAGACGUGGCAGUAGAAAGGAUACUGUUGGUGCGUGUAUUAUAAGCUCUGAUCUGUGGCCAUCUUUGGAAAAGCUUCGGCUUGUGGAAAACAUGCGUGCACGCUUAGACCCUCUUUAUAUGGCUUUUUUGUUGAGGGUCGGUAAUGGUGAGGAAAAAACUUUUGGCGAUAAUUUAAUAAAGAUACCUGAACCCCUUGCGUUGGCUGAUCCAUUGCAUGAAUCCUCAUUAGAUGAACUCAUUGGCGUAAUUUAUCCAGAUAUAACGAACAUGGGUGGCAGUGAUUUAACAGUGAAUCGAGCAAUUUUGACGACAAAAAACGUAUUUGUAGAUGAGGUGAACAGCAAACUCAUAGCAACUUUUCCUGGUGAGUUAGUCGAAUACCUUAGUUUUGAUGAAGUGUCAAUCCGGCUCAUGCCGCGGAAUAUGGCGACUUGA